UUUUCGGAGAAGAAUUAUGAGUGGAGCUCCGAGGAGGAGGAGUCGGAGAAGGCCCGCCCAGUGCAGGUGCUCAUCGUGAAGGACGACCACUCCUUUGAGCUGGACGAAGCCGCCCUCGGCCGCAUCCUGCUCUCGGAAGCCGUCCGCGACCGGGAGGUGGUUGCCGUCUCCGUGGCAGGGGCGUUCCGGAAGGGAAAGUCGUUCCUCAUGGACUUCAUGCUGCGAUACAUGUACAACAUGGAGCUGGCCGACUGGGUCGGGGACUACAACGAGCCGCUGACGGGUUUUUCCUGGAGAGGCGGUUCAGAGCGGGAGACAACCGGCAUCCAGAUCUGGAGCGAAGUCUUCCUUGUGGACAAACCGGAUGGGAACAAGGUGGCCGUGCUGCUAAUGGACACGCAGGGGACCUUCGACAGCCAGUCCACCCUGCGGGACUCGGCCACCGUCUUCGCGCUCAGCACCAUGAUCAGCUCCAUCCAGGUGUACAAUUUGUCGCAGAAUGUGCAAGAAGACGAUUUGCAGCACCUGCAGCUCUUCACAGAAUAUGGGCGGCUGGCCAUGGAGGAAACGUUCCUGAAGCCCUUUCAGUCCCUCAUAUUCCUUGUUCGUGAUUGGAGCUUUCCUUAUGAAUUUUCUUACGGGGCUGAAGGUGGAGCCAAGUUUUUGGAAAAGCGUCUCAAGGUCUCGGGAAACCAGCACGAAGAGCUGCAGAAUGUCCGGAAGCACAUCCACUCCUGCUUCACCAACAUCGCCUGCUUUCUCUUGCCCCACCCAGGCCUGAAAGUGGCCACCAACCCCAACUUCGACGGGAAGCUCAAAGAAAUUGACGAAGAUUUCAUCAAGAACCUGAAAGUGCUGAUUCCGUGGCUUCUCAGCCCCAAGAACCUGGACGUCAAGGAGAUCAACGGCAACCAUAUCACCUGCCGAGGCCUUCUGGAGUAUUUCAAGGCCUACAUUAAGAUCUACCAAGGAGAGGAGCUCCCCCACCCCAAAUCGAUGUUGCAGGCUACAGCCGAAGCCAACAACCUUGCCGCUGUGGCCACGGCCAAAGAUACAUACAACAGAAGAAUGGAAGAGGUGUGUGGGGGCGACAAGCCCUUCCUUGCGCCCAGCGACCUCCAGAGCAAGCACCUGGACCUCCGGGAGGAGGCGGUGCGGCUGUUCCGCAGCGUGAAGAAGAUGGGGGGCGAGGAGUUCAGCCGCCGCUACCUCCAGCAGCUGGAGGCCGAGAUCGACGAGCUCUACCUGCAGUUCAUCAAGCACAACGACAGCAAGAACAUCUUCCAUGCUGCCCGCACGCCGGCCACCCUCUUCGUCGUCAUCUUCGUCACCUACGUGGUGGCCGGCGUCACCGGCUUCGUCGGCCUGGACAUCAUCGCCAGCCUCUGCAACAUGGUCAUGGGCCUGACGCUGAUCACCUUGUGCACGUGGGCAUACAUCAGGUACUCCGGGGAGUACCGGGAGCUGGGCGCCGUCAUCGACCAGGUGGCCGCGGCGCUCUGGGACCAGGGAAACACCAACGAGGCUUUGUACAAACUUUACAGUGCAGCUGCCACCCACAGACACUUGUACCACCACGCUUUCCCUGCACCACCGAAGAAGGACUCCUCCGAAGGCACAGAAAAGAAGACCAUGUAAUCGAGAUGCUUUCCAUAGAGGUGCAUGAAACACAUAAUUAAACUUGUUAACCAUUUUGCAUCCGUGUACAAGCCUCUGGCACUCCCGGAAUGGAAGGCGGAGGAAACCGAUAACCCAUCAAUGGCUUACGUGUGGCUGCUUUAAUUUGGAUAAUGCCCCACUUGCAAGGAGACGAGUCGGCAUGAAGGUCAUUCGCUUUACACGGCAGUGACUUAAUUUUGGCCACAGACGUCGUACUUUUUGGUUCUUCAGAACACUCUCCCUAGUUUCAGGACUUUUAAGGACUGAGAUUUGGGACCUAGAGAAGGGAGUGCCGAGCUGCUUGGGCGGAGGGCUUUACCGAGACCCUGCCAGAGCAGCAGCCACUGACCCUCUCCCCGCAUGGGCUCCUCCGGACCCACCCGAGUCCCCUGGGCCAUUCAUACAACUCCAGGGUUUCAGAGCAAACAAAACCUUAAUUCAAGAGGGACCAUGUCUCAUAACAUUCCUUUUACGCACAAAGGUUUCGAUUUAACACACUUCUCUUCAUCCGGCCGUGAAUGACAAUGUAUUCACUUUAAAAAAGAUUGCCUUCGCAGAAGCUGCAAAGAUAUUUCUUUUGCUAUGGUACAUUAAGAGAUGGAAAGUGUUUUUUUGUACAUGUAUUUGAGAGUCUCACUGUAUAUAUUUUUGUUGAGUGCAUAAGGAAUGUGCCUAGUUUUUAUUAUUUUAUUGUCAAUUAAAAGUCUGGUUCCUAAGACAAGUA